GACAAAUCCCCCCUCAAAAUUUUCGUUGCGUGAAAUUCAAUCAGGUGGAUCGCUGCGAAUUAGGGCACGGAUAUAGAUCGAUCAGUUUUGUUGAAGGUUUUCACUUAGGGUGAAGAAUGAGGGGUAGAAGUUACAGCUACAGCCCUUCACCACCAAGAUCCCGGAGCAGAAGGUAUCGAAGUCCAAGCCCAAGGGGUCGUUAUGGUGGUCGUCCUAGAGAUCUUCCUACUAGCCUAUUGGUUCGCAACCUUCGUCUUGAUUGUAGACCAGAAGAUCUCCGUGUGCCAUUUGGAGAGUUUGGCCCUCUGAAGGAUGUUUACUUGCCACGAGACUAUUAUACAGGAGAGCCACGUGGUUUUGGUUUUGUCCAAUAUCUUGACCCAGAUGAUGCUGCUGAAGCCAAGUAUCAGAUGGACGGCCAAAUUCUUCUUGGUAGGGAGCUGACAGUUGUGUUUGCUGAGGAAAAUAGGAAGAAGCCUUCAGAUAUGAGAGCAAGAGAACGUUUCAGGGGCCGAUCAUAUGAUCGUAGAGGGUCAUCCAUCCGUUACUCUCGUUCACCCCCACGUGGAAGAUCAUAUCAUCGCAGUCCAAGAUACUAUUCUCCCCCAAGACAGGAUCAUUACUCAAGGUCCAUUUCACCUCGAAACCGCAGGUACAGAGAAAGAGACAGGUCUUAUUCAAGGUCUCCAUAUGGGUCAAGGAGCAGGAGUCCAACCCCGCUCAGGAGCAGGAGUCCGGAAGGUUAUUAGGUGAGGCAAUUUUCUGAUGGAUUAAUGAAUUAUGUUCUGAAUGUUUGCUGUGAUGUAAACUACUCACUAGCCUAGUCCUAGAAAGUUUGAACUCAGAUCCCCUUUGGCAUUUGAUACUUCCCUGGAUGAACUUGAUUUGGUUUGUGUUUUUU